GCAAGCGGGGACGCGAGAGAGGAUGAGAUGGAAAGAAUGAUGCUGAGGGAUGGCUAACUAGAAAUCCAGUAUGGCUCUGGGCAAAUUCUUUAGACUGAAUCUUACCCUGAUCUGCUUAGAUUUGAUGGUGUUACUCCACUGACCGGUGACUGAGUUCAUUCUGCCCUAAAAUGUCUUCAAUCACUGAGUGACAUUGCUCUCCUGCCCUCUAAGGUUAAAAACCUCAGCAGCAGCACUUGGUGUUUGCGAAACCGCCUGCCACCGACGCCCCGGAGUUAGACGCCUCACUCGCGCGGGGAGCCAGCAUGUCGGCUGUGGUCCUGGAAAACCGAGGUUUUGGCAGGAAACUCUCUGACGGACAGGAAACAAGCUAUAUUGAAGACAAUUCCAGUCAAGAUGGUGCCAUAUCACUGAUCUUCUCGCUCAAGGAAGAAGUUGGUGCCCUGGCCAAGGUCUUGCGCUUGUUUGAGGAGAAUGCUAUAAACCUGACCCACAUUGAAUCCAGACCUUCGCGCUUGAAGAAAGAUGAGUAUGAAUUUUUUACCUAUCUGGAUAAACGUAGCAUGCCUGUCCUGGCGAACAUCAUCAAGAUCUUGAGGCAUGACAUCGGUGCCACCGUCCAUGAACUUUCCCGGGAUAAGAAGAAAGACACAGUGCCCUGGUUCCCAAGAACCAUUCAAGAGCUCGACAGAUUUGCCAACCAGAUCCUCAGCUAUGGAGCAGAACUGGAUGCAGACCACCCUGGUUUUAAGGAUCCUGUGUAUCGAGCAAGACGGAAGCAGUUUGCUGACAUUGCCUACAGCUACCGACAUGGGCAGCCCAUCCCUCGAGUGGAAUACACAGAGGAAGAAAAGAAAACCUGGGGGACGGUGUUCAGGACCCUGAAGUCCUUGUAUAAAACUCAUGCUUGCUAUGAGCACAAUCACAUCUUCCCGCUUCUGGAAAAGUACUGUGGCUUCCGCGAAGAUAACAUUCCCCAGCUGGAAGAGGUUUCUCAAUUUCUGCAGACUUGCACUGGAUUCCGCCUCCGACCUGUGGCUGGCCUGCUUUCCUCUCGGGAUUUCUUGGGUGGCCUGGCCUUCCGAGUCUUCCACUGCACUCAAUACAUCAGACAUGGGUCCAAGCCCAUGUACACGCCUGAACCUGACAUCUGCCAUGAGCUGCUGGGACAUGUGCCCUUGUUUUCAGAUCGCAGCUUUGCCCAGUUUUCCCAGGAAAUUGGCCUUGCCUCUCUGGGUGCGCCUGAUGAGUACAUUGAGAAACUGGCCACGAUUUAUUGGUUUACUGUGGAGUUUGGCCUCUGCAAACAAGGAGACUCCAUAAAGGCGUAUGGUGCUGGGCUCCUGUCAUCCUUUGGUGAAUUACAGUACUGCUUGUCGGGCGAGCCGAAGCUCCUCCCCCUGGAGCUGGAGAAGACAGCCGUCCAGGAGUACACUGUCACGGAGUUCCAGCCUCUCUAUUACGUGGCUGAGAGUUUUAAUGAUGCCAAGGAGAAAGUGAGGAAUUUUGCUGCUACAAUCCCACGGCCCUUCUCAGUUCGUUAUGAUCCAUACACCCAAAGGAUUGAGGUCUUGGACAAUACCCAGCAACUUAAGAUUUUGGCUGACUCCAUCAACAGUGAAGUUGGAAUCCUUUGUAGUGCCCUUCAGAAAAUAAAGUGAAGCCAUGGACAAAACCUGUCAACUGAGAAUCUGUUGAUGGAAAUCCAGCUACUUUCAUUUCAUCUGAAAAAGUCUGAAAAGCAAACCUUAAUUUGAAUUGAUAGCCUUAAAUCCUUUUUUGGAACAAGAUGGAGCACAAACAAAUAAAUCAAAAUAAGUUGAAAUGACAGUGUAUUAAGACACACCCAAAAGCCUAAUCUUUUGGGGUCCUCUUUGAUUUAAAGAUGGUAAUCCCAUACCCUCAAUUCAGUUAAAAUCAAUAGUAUGUCACAUUUCAUCAGUUAAUUAAAAUUUGGGACCUGAUUUAUUCAAGUUUCUAUAUGUCACUCGAUGUAAAACACAAGCCUGUCAUUAGAAUUGAAUUUGUUGAUUUAAUCUAAAUCUUAACCUACGCAAGUAAUUUUUUAUUUCAGUGAACUAUGAUUCUAAUAUUGCUGUGUUUUACCCAUGUAGAUUUCCUUUAAUUCAAGAGCCCAUUAAAAUACUAUAAAGGUUGAAGUUCAUAGUAUAAUAUCUUAUAUUUUAUUGUAAUCGUACAUACUACUGUAGAAAGUAGUAGAAGUUCUCACCUGACUCCCACAACUUUGAAUCUCAUCUUCCAGUUAAUUGUCAAGUCUGUUUUGGGAGAUAUUUUGCAGACAUGUGUGAUGCGACAGAGGUUGACUGAAGGCCUGGCUGGUAGAUAUUCAGUAAAUAUUCAUUCAAAGAAUAAGGGAAUACAUUAUUAACUAGCAAAUCCUCAACAAAAAUGAGAAUUUUAGUUAUGUUUAAAAAAAGUCUAGUGGUUAUAAAAUUUUGCAGUUUCAACUUCAUUCUUGGAUUGAAAUAUUCCUCUCCAUUCCCCUAGAAAUACAUUAACUGGAUAAUCUUGUGACAUGAAAAAAUGAUCAGUCAAAGAUUUCCAACCCAUUACAGGAGUGCAUUGUGAUAAUCGAUGUUAUGUCUGGAUAGUCAACAGAUUUUGACUUCUUAUUGCUUGUGCAUUUUGCACAAACACAUGAAGAUCCAGGAAAUGGUGGGGAAAAUAACAGUGUCUUUAAAGCUAUGCUUUGAAAUUCUCAACCACUUUAACACUUUAUUUUGGAAAUAGUUCAGUGUUAAAGAACUUGCAUAAUAUUUCUUCACAUGUGAUUCUCGGGCCAGCUGUAUCAUCAUCAAUGAUAAAUCCUGGGCACAUCCCAGCUUUAUCAAACUAGAAUCUCUGGGUAUGGGGCCACUGAGACCUGCAUUUUUAAGUACCCCAGCUGAUUUUUUUUAUGCCCAGCCAAAUCUAUCAGGUAUGUUAAAUUUGAGAAAACCUGACUUCUGGUGGCCAGUUCUGCCACUUAUCAAUUAUGUCACUUUGUAUAAUUCACUUUGGAUCUUGGUUUUACUUGAACAAUGAAGGAGUUUAACUGGAGGAAUCAAGGUUUCUUCCAGCCUGGAAAUACAAUUCAAAUGCUACCAUGUGUCUAUAAACAGAUGUCCCUGAUCCACCAAUAGUGUGUAAUAAUACCAGCCCAAGUAUGCUACCAGGCAGGAAGAGCGAUUUGGUCUGAUUGUGUCUGAGAUCUCAUUGCUUUCGAGUUGGGUUUUCAUGUCUGUAUUUAGUUCCUCAUGGCUCUGUAGAACCCACUGACAAACGCUGAUUCUAAAAGUGACAGUGUUCUUUUUUUCUGUUUCUCUAGGCCCCAAAUACUCUGCAAAGGGACUUUUUUUGUAAAUGUUUCUUUACACUAAAUGUAAAUCCGAGAAUCUCUUGAUUUGGGAACUAAAAUGUUUUAUAGUACUUUAGACUGGGUAUUUUAUUUUAUAGUGAUUUUUAGUCUUACUGAAAGUAGUUUUGUGCGUUUGAAGUUAAAUCUUAGGUUUAGGUUGCAAUUUUGCAGGAAGAAAUUACAUACUGAAAGAUGAUCUUUAAGUGUUUAGUAAUGUGUUACUCAGCACUUUAGCUUUUUUUAUCUGGAUGUAAAAGCCCAACCUACAGCAAUGGAUUCAACAUGUUUUCAUGGGUUAGUAUUGUUAUCAGCCUAAUAAUUAAUAAAUGAGCUGGUUUUUUAAAAAAAAAACAAUAGUAAUGCUUUACUGAUAGCUAUCCUGUUGUAUCCAAAAAAGAGAGAUAAAUGUAAGAACAUUACAAAUUUUUAUUAUUAGUGUUCAAUAAGUUUCUAACAGGAUGAAUCUAAAUUUCAAUUAUAGGUUCCUAAGUUAUAUAGUUUAACUGUAUCAAAUAAUCUACCACUAAAAUGUCAACUUCAUAAAAAUGUGAACCUUGCCUAUCUUCACCUUUAAAAGCCUUAGCAUAUAAUACAUAGUAGGUGCUUAAUAAUCUUUAAAAAAAUUCUGAAUGAAUUGAAUCACAGGGAGUGUAGCGAAGAUUGUCCCUCACACAUAAGCUAUUUUUCAAGAAAAACUUGGGAAACAACUAAAUCUGCAAUUUUCCUUUUUAAAUUCUGUUGAAAAUGUUGCAUCUUAAUCUAAAUUAUGACCUUACUUUAAAAAUAUAUGUAUUAGCCCUGUAGACUAGAUUAUGGCUAGGUAGUUUGUAUUUAUACUGCUUUGAUAACUGACAUAUGAAAGUGCUUAAUAAAUGUUUGUUAAUUAAUAAAGGAAGCAAAAUGGCAUCAA